AUGUCUAGGCUCGGGAGGACCCAGCCUCUGGCAAUAGGACAGGUGAAGAGGCCCGCUGUCGAGCAUCAUCACCACAAUCAUCACAACCACAGUCACUACGGUCCUAGCACUAGUGGUAGUAAUAAUAGCACCAGUAGCAGCAGCAGCAGCAGCGGUCCCAGCACUAGUACCAGUGCCAAUAAUUUGAUUCAGUAUCAACGUCAGCCUGUACCACCUGUGCUGAUUGACUACGGCGGUGGCCCGUCAAAGCGCUUCAGACACAAUAACCACCCCGGUAACUCAGCUUCGACCUCCAAGGCCGCGGCAUCAACCUCUAACAACGUCGACGACGACGACGACGACGACGACGAGGAAUUUGAUAACAGUAUGACUGACACGGCGACAGCUACCACCGAGAAAAGAGCUAAUUUUUCGGCACUAAAUGUUUCUAAUCCAAAUGGAGUUAAUAAGUUGUCCAAUGUUGCUAAUUCCAAGCCAGGAUCUGCUAAAAAACUUAUUAUUAAAAAUUUUAAAAACAAGCCAAAACUCCCGGAAAACUAUCAGGAGGAAACAUGGGAGAAACUGAGAGAAGCUGUAGUUGCGAUACAGACUAGCAAAAGCAUACGUUACUCGCUGGAAGACUUGUAUCAGGCUGUUGAGAACAUGUGCAACCACAAGAUGGCUUCGACGUUGUACGCGAACUUGACAGUGCUGACGGAGUCUCACGUCAAGGCGAACAUUGAACAAUUUUUAGCCGAGUCCAUGGAUCGGCAUAUAUUUUUAAAAAAGAUGAACGAGUGUUGGCAGAGUCAUUGUCGCCAGAUGAUUAUGAUUCGCAGUAUCUUUUUGUACCUGGAUAGAACUUAUGUUUUACAGAAUCCUACUAUCUCGUCUAUUUGGGACAUGGGCUUACACCUCUUCAGGAUGCACAUAGUGUUAAAUAACCUGGUGCAAACCCGAACAGUGGAAGGUCUGUUGAUGUUAAUAGAAAAAGAGCGUCAAGGAGACACAGUCGAUCGAACACUCUUAAAAUCAUUAUUAAGAAUGCUCUCAGAUCUCCAAAUCUACCAGGAAGCCUUCGAGACAAAGUUCCUGAUGGCGACCGAGCGGCUUUACGCGGCGGAGGGUCAGCGACUGAUGAACGAGCACGACGUCCCGGAGUACUUGGCCCACGUGGACAAGCGACUACAGGAGGAGAAUGAGCGACUCCUCCACUACCUGGACAUGUCCACCAAAUGGUCGCUGAUCCACACAGUAGAGAAGCAGCUUCUGUCUGAACACGUGACUAGUAUCUUGCAGAAGGGUCUCAGCGGGUUGCUCGAGGAGAACCGCAUUAGCGACCUAACGUUACUCUACAACUUGUACAGCCGUGUGAAGAACGGGCUGGUGGAAUUGUGCGUUAACUUCAACGCUUAUAUCAAAAAGAAAGGCAAGACGAUAGUGAUCGACCCGGAGAAGGACAAGACCAUGGUCCAGGAGCUGCUGGACUUCAAAGAUAAAAUGGAUAAUAUUGUUAACACCUGUUUUUACAGGAAUGAAAAAUUUGGUAACAGUUUGAAGGAAGCCUUUGAGGCGUUCAUCAACCAGCGCGCAAACAAACCCGCGGAAUUGAUAGCCAAGUUUGUAGACAUGAAGCUAAGGGCAGGCAACAAGGAGGCGACUGAGGAAGAAUUGGAGAGACUGCUGGAUAAAAUAAUGGUUCUCUUCCGUUUCAUCCACGGCAAAGAUGUCUUCGAAGCUUUCUAUAAGAAAGACUUGGCCAAGAGAUUGCUCGUAGGGAAAUCAGCUUCUGUUGACGCGGAGAAGUCGAUGCUUUCUAAGUUGAAGCAAGAAUGCGGAGGUGGAUUUACUAGCAAGCUAGAGGGCAUGUUCAAGGACAUGGAACUCAGCAAGGACAUUAAUAUCGCCUUCAAACAGUACUCUGGUAAUCUCCAGCACGAGAUAGUAGCUAAUAAUUUGGAUUUGACGGUAUCUAUCUUGACAAUGGGCUACUGGCCGACCUACCCGGUUAUGGAAGUCACGCUGCCCUCGGAAAUGGUCCAGUACCAGGAGGUGUUUAAUAAAUUUUAUUUAGGCAAGCACAGUGGACGCAAACUUCAAUGGCAGCCGACUUUGGGGCACUGUGUUCUCAAAGCUUGGUUCCAGGCGGGGAAUAAGGAACUUCAGGUAUCACUCUUUCAAGGCCUUGUGCUUAUUUUGUUCAACGAUGCUGAUGAUUUGUCGCUAGAGGAAAUUAAAGCGGCUACGAAUAUUGAAGACGGUGAAUUACGCAGGACUUUACAGUCGCUAGCUUGUGGAAAAGCUAGAGUGUUGCAGAAAAAUCCACGCGGGCGUGAUGUUGCUGAUAAUGACCGUUUUGUCUUCCACGCUGAUUUUACUAAUAAACUUUUUAGAAUAAAGAUUAAUCAGAUUCAAAUGAAAGAGACGAAUGAAGAACAAAAGGCCACUGAAGAAAGAGUUUAUCAAGAUAGACAAUAUCAAAUAGAUGCAGCUAUUGUGAGGAUUAUGAAAAUGAGGAAAACCCUGACUCAUAAUCUUCUUAUCAGUGAACUUUAUAAUCAACUAAAAUUCCCUGUCAAGCCGGCUGAUUUGAAGAAAAGGAUCGAAUCCCUGAUAGAUCGUGACUAUAUGGAACGGGACAAAGACAAUGCAAAUCAGUACAAUUACGUUGCGUAA